AUGCCCUCGUUUCUCGGAUACUUUUGGAGCACGCCCCUACAUUUAUUGAUUUUAUACGCUGUAAGCGAGGCUUGCAUGCGAAUGGGAGCUCCGGUCACAACAACGACAAGUAGGGCGACGACUCCGAGGACAACGACUCCUUUGACCACAACAUCGACAACGGCUACAGAAGCCACGACCACAGCUACAACUACGACAAUGACAACGGCGCCCGGCAUAUCUUGCACCUCAUGCGCCGAAACUCUCGCCAUCAUCCCCGGCGAUCUUGAAGAUGCUAAGCAAGGGAUCGGCGUCUUUGCCUAUAAUAAGCACGCUGACGGUUGCAAGACCGCUUCGCUAACCUGCACCGGCGAUGGAUUUACAGGCAGCUUUUUUCUGGACUUCGUCGAGCAGAGGAUGAACCCCAAAAAUGACUUGGCGAUUUUAUCAGCAUUCGUUGGUGGUUCGAUUCUAGGCUAUAAGAUUCUCAAACUCAUCCUGUAUCGACAUCGUAAAUCUACUGAAGAAUGGAUCCCAAUCGGAAGAAUCAAAGAGCUCUACCUCUUUCCGGUCAAAUCCGGAAAGGCCGUAUCGGUAUUCUCCAUGAAAUGCGAUUUUCUCUGCGUUUCCUUGGAAUCGAUCAGAGGCAGGGCCAAGAUUGUGCAAGCCACGUUAUUCAAUAACCAGCGUCAAGACGGCUACGACUGUGGAGAUGAAGCGGCUGAAUUCUUUACAAAAGUUGUUGAAGAACAUGAUAAUUGGUGGAAUAACAAUGUGGUGCCGAAGCGGGAGGAUGAUUUUCCAUUUUCCGAUGCCACGCCUUAUAUGAUCACUACGCAAGCUUCUCUGGACGAUUUGAAUGAGCGAUUGGAAAAGCAGGUAACCAACGUCCGCUUCCGCCCAAACAUUGUCGUAGAAGGAUGCCCGGCUUGGGAUGAGGAUAAAUGGGAUCGAUUACGCUUCGGUGCGCGCCCAGAUUCAGAUGCUGCUGAGAUGGAGUGCUACAGGUCUUGCGAUCGAUGUUCCAUGACCAAAAUCGAUCCCGAAAUUGGCCAAAAGGCAGCUGAAGAACCUUUUAAGACGUUGCAGAGCUUCCGGUUGCCCACCGACAACAUGGCCAAAUCGAUUGGGAAAGCACCGAUUUUUGGCGUUCACACGGGGAUGAACCGGUCCGGGUUUUUGCAUGUUGGCCAGGUGGUUUGGGCCGUUUACAAGCCGAAUGGGGCUUUU